CGGGAAGGAGGGAGGGGGCCCGACUCAAAAAUCUCUUUCUCUUGCUGUCUCGGGCUGCAAGACCUCUCCUGCCAAAUAUCUAGAGGGCAAAGCAGGCAGGACCCCUUAAACCCGAAGGGCUGUGGAGGAGGGCUGGCAGCACUUUGGACCCCAUAGCUGAGGUGCCAAUUCAUGGAGGAGAGCCCCACAGAGGCUGGCGCAGAAGGAGGGUCAGGCCUGGAAGGGAGAAUUAUGGAGCCAUCAGCAGAAGCAGUCAAACUGAGGCUGGAGGGGGAGAAGGUGGUGCCCAAAGAGGGAUGCCGCGGUGGUGCCUGUGCCUGGGUGGCAGCAGUGACAGUCCUGGUGAGCGCUGCCAUGGCAGGAUGUGGCGGAAUCCUCAUGGCUUCCUUGGCCAAGCAGGAGUUCCUCUUUGAGCACCUGGCAGAGCUGCAUGGAAUCCCCUACCAGAGCAGCCUCCAGUGCCCCAGUUCGGACUUCCACCGCACAUUGACCCCAGUCCUGGAGAGACUGUUUAAAGGAAGCUUCCAGAACUCUUCCCUGGGUGGCAGCUGCUCCCGGUGCACCAUCUUGCAGUAUAGGAAGGGCAAUGGCACCAUCAUCCUCGUCCGCUUCCGCCUUUGGUUCUCCACUGGUCCCCUCAGCCCCAGCCUGGAGGAGGAGGCACUGAGACAGGGGCUGGUGAUGUCCCUGAGUGACAAGGGGAUCACGCUGCCCACCUACGGGACCCUCUCUUCAGCCUCCCUUGCAGGUACCCAGGGACCCCACCUCGACCUUGGGGGCGGAAGAUGCCCUGGGAAGGCCUUUGUCUGCCGCAGCGGCCAGUGCGUCCUGACGGCAAAUGCAGAAUGCAAUGACUGGAAGGACUGUGCCGAUGGCUCCGAUGAGGAAGCGUGUGACUGUGGGGGGCGUCCCGCCAUGCAAGCCGCCCACCGGAUCGUCGGGGGGUCCGAGGCCUUGCGGGGGGAGUUCCCCUGGCAGGUCAGCCUGAGGGAGAACGACGAACACUUCUGCGGGGCCACCAUCCUGGCACCUACAUGGCUGGUCUCUGCUGCUCACUGCUUCAAUGAGUUUCAGGAUCCUGGCACCUGGACGGCACACGGAGGCACCGUAUGGCUGAGCGGCAGUGAAGGGGGCAUGGUGAAGGCUGGGGUGGGCCGCAUCUUGCGGCACCCCUCCUACAAUACCGAGACGGCCGACUUUGAUGUGGCCCUCCUGGAGCUCUUGGGGCCUCUGGCCUUCUCCAGAUUCAUCCAGCCAGUCUGCCUCCCGGCUGCCACCCACAUCUUCCCCGCCGGCAAGAAGUGCUUCAUCUCUGGCUGGGGCUACCUCAGGGAGGACUUCUUGGUGAAGCCAGAGCACUUGCAGAAGGCGACGGUGGAGCUGCUGGACCAGACGCUGUGCGCCAGCCUCUACAGUAACGCCCUGACUGACCGGAUGCUCUGCGCAGGCUACCUGGAGGGCAAGGUGGAUUCCUGCCAGGGGGACUCUGGUGGCCCCCUUGUCUGCGAAGAGCCUUCUGGACGGUUCUUCCUGGCUGGCAUCGUCAGCUGGGGGAUUGGCUGCGCAGAGGCCAAGCGCCCAGGAGUUUACACGCGAGUCACUAAGGUCAGGGACUGGAUCCUCGACACCAUGGCUGCCUUCCAACCCUCUGCACCUGCCACAUUCCACCCUCCUGCCACCUCCGCCCGGGACCCUCAGCCAGCCACCAACUCUGCCUCCACCAGCAGGCCGGCAGCCACGGCCCCCCAAGCCCCCCAUGAGUGCGGCCGGCGGCCUGGCUUCUCUAAGCCCCCCAAGAUCGUGGGUGGUCUGGAUGCUCUGCGGGGGGAGAUUCCCUGGCAGGCCAGCCUGAAGGAGGGGCUGCGGCACUUCUGUGGGGCCACCAUCAUUGCCCAGCGCUGGCUCCUCUCAGCUGCCCACUGCUUCAACCACACCAAGGCAGAGUAUGUAACGGCCUUUGUGGGCACCACCUUACUGUCGGCGGCAGAGAGUGGCUCUGUGAAGGUGAGCAUCAAGCGGGUGGUGCUGCACCCCGCCUACAACCCGGCUCUGCUGGACUUCGAUGUGGCCCUCCUGGAGCUGAACCGGCCCCUGCCCUUUGGGAAGCUGAUCCAGCCCAUCUGCCUCCCGCUGGCUGUCCACAAGUUCCCCGUUGGCAGGAAGUGCCUCAUCUCUGGCUGGGGCAGCAUCCGAGAAGGCAACGCCUCCAGGCCUGAGACUCUGCAACGGGCAUCUGUCGGGAUCAUUGACCAGAAGACCUGCAACGUGCUCUACAACUUCUCCCUCACGGAGCAGAUGAUGUGUGCUGGAUUCCUGGAGGGAAAGGUGGACUCCUGCCAGGGUGACUCAGGGGGGCCCUUGGCCUGUGAGGAGACCCCAGGCGUGUUCUACCUGGCAGGGCUUGUCAGCUGGGGGGCUGGCUGCGCACAGGCCAAAAAGCCUGGCAUUUACGCUCGGAUCACCAGGUUCAAGGAUUGGAUUCUAGAGACCAUCUGGCCCUCCUAUCCCACCCUCCCAGCCCCCUCCACCCCCAGAAGCCGGCCCACCACCAGCACCACAGCUGUCUCUGCAACGAUCCCCUCCAGCCUCCCAUUGGCUGCCCAAAGGACCACCCGGCCACACCCUGGCACCAGUGCCAAGCCCAGCCCCGUUGGCACCCCGAAAGCCACCCCACUCCCAGAUUGUGGCUGGACUCCACUCAUGGCCUUUGGCAAGAUCGUAGGGGGCAGUGGAGCGUCCCGUGGGGAGUGGCCCUGGCAGGCCAGCCUCUGGCUGCGGCAGAAGGAGCACAAGUGUGGGGCAGUCCUGGUGGCAGAGCGGUGGCUGCUCUCGGCCGCCCACUGCUUUGAUGUGUACAGUGACCCCAAGCUGUGGGCAGCUGUCUUGGGGACGCCCUUCCUGAGCAGUCUGGAUGGGAGGGUGGAGAAGGUGUCCCAGAUCCAUCGGCACCCCUUCUACAAUGCCUACACGCUGGACUAUGACCUGGCCCUGCUGGAGCUGUCUGCCCCCCUGCACUACUCCGGGGCCAUCAAGCCCAUCUGCCUCCCGGAUAGCACCCACCACUUUGGGCAGGGCGCCCGCUGCUUCAUCACCGGUUGGGGCUCCACCAAGGAAGGAGGGCUGAUGUCGAGACAGCUGCAGAAGGCAGCCGUCCAGGUCAUUGGGGAGCAGGACUGCCGAAGGUUUUACCCCAUCCAGAUCAGCAGCCGGAUGCUCUGCGCAGGAUUCCCGCAGGGGACAGUCGACAGCUGCUCCGGGGAUGCUGGAGGCCCGUUGGCCUGCAGGGAGCCCUCUGGACGCUGGUUCCUGGCUGGCAUCACCAGCUGGGGCUACGGCUGCGCCCGGCCCUUCUUCCCGGGGGUCUACACCAAGGUGACCAUGGUGCGGGGCUGGAUUGGGCAGAACCUGAAGGCGUGAAGUUCUGAAGCAGGAGCCCUCUCAGGAACCAGCGGACGAGGACUCUCCCCGGCCACAAUGGGCCCUCCCCACACGGCCAACGUCCAGCCAAAGGGUGCUCCUGGAGCCCCCUCCUCAAAAUAAAGAGAGCCCCA